AACUCGUUCUUCCUGGAGCGCUUCACGAACAAUCUCUCUCUCGCUCUCUCGAUAGGAGAAACUUGUGAUUUUCUCGGUGUUGGAGCAAUGGCGUCAAAUCUCCUGAAAGCCCUAAUCCGAUCGCAGAUUCUUCCAUCUUCGAGGAGGAAUUUUAGUGUGGCGACCACACAACUCGGCAUUCCAACAGACGAUCUAGUCGGCAAUCACACCGCCAAAUGGAUGCAGGAUAGAAGCAAGAAAUCACCUAUGGAACUGAUCAGUGAGGUUCCACCUAUCAAAGUUGAUGGAAGGAUUGCUGCUUGUGAAGGAGACACCAAUCCGGCCCUGGGUCAUCCAAUCGAGUUCAUAUGCCUCGACCUAGAUGAGCCUGCGAUCUGCAAGUACUGCGGCCUUCGCUAUGUUCAAGAUCAUCACCACUAAGCCAAAUUCUGAAAGUUAAUGUCUGGUCUCUUUCCCUUUUUAAUUGCAUUUUUAUGUUUGUGUAUUGUUUUUAUGGUGCCUCGACAUCUUCAGCUAUAAUAUCUAAUAAAGGAUUCGAUCAAAGUCUGGUAAGUUUGGUAUUGUUUGAUCUCACUUGAGCACUCGUCAUGUUGUAACAUCCAAUAUCUGAUAUCACUGUCUUUUCAAUGCUAUUGAGCUCGAAAAAAAGCUUGGGGUUUGCUA